GCGUCAACCAGUGUCGUCGCUCCAGCGUUAUCUCAAGUCAAGGGUCAAAUGACGGCGUACUAGAGUGAUCAGUCUUUGUCAGUCCGCCAAAAUGGCCGCUAGAUGUUCAGUGUUGUGCAUCAUUGUGCUAAUAUUGCAAGUUAAAUGCAAUACCAUAUUCUUAGAAAUGAACACACCUACACCUGAAGAGGCAAGUUUUCUAAGGAGGUACGGCUACUUGCCGGAGGCGCAGGGAGACAUCGAUUUCUCAUACACGCCACAGUCAUUAGCGGAGGCAGUCAGGAAGAUGCAGCAGUUCGCAGGACUCCCACCCACCGGUAAUCUCGACGAGGAAACGCGCAGCUUGUUUAAGAAGAAGCGUUGCGGAGUUAAGGAUAUAGAGAAAAGUCCCAGGUCACGCAGGUACAUCUUGCAGCAGGGAUGGGGGAAGAAAACCAUUACUUAUAGAGUGUUGAAUGGUUCGAGCACAUUGGAGAAAGAGCGCGUGCGGGAGCUGAUGGCGUUGGGGCUGGCUGUCUGGGCGCCGCACGGUGGGUUGCGCUUCAAGCAGCUGGACGACGGACACGCAGACAUACAGGUCUCCUUCGCCAGCAAGGACCACGGGGACGGGUUUCCUUUUGACGGGCCAGGUCGUGUGGUCGCGCACGCAUUCCCACCGCCGCACGGCGCCAUGCACUUCGAUGACGACGAGGUAUGGGGCGACGGUGCCGACGAGGACAUCUCCGACGAUGACGUUACCGACUUCUUUGCGGUCGCCGUGCACGAGAUAGGGCACGCGCUCGGCCUCUCGCACUCCAAUGUUAAGGCUUCCGUCAUGUACCCCUACUACCAGGUGCCCGUCGAGAAGCUUCACAUGGACGACAUACUGGGCAUGCAAGAGCUCUAUUUGAAAGAAGAGCUACCGAGCUCCGGAGAAAGCACGGAGCGCACGUCGCGAUCUUCGCUGGCGCCGCACUUCACACAGACCGCCGACAGCCGCGAGGAGGACCUGCCCGACCUCUGUCUCUCGCACUACGACACCAUACAGGCCAUACACGACAAGAUAUACGUGUUUGAAGAGGAGUGGGUGUGGGUGUUCAGAGACCGGCGCGAGCUGGAGGAGGGCUAUCCGCGGCGCAUCUACGACGUCUUCAUCGGCCUGCCCAAGCACGUGCAGUUCAUACGCGCCAUCUACCAGAAGAUUAAUGGCAACAUUGUCAUUUUCUCAGGUCGUAACUACUGGGAGUUCAGCCGUCGUUUCCGGUUGGUACGUCGCGGGCGCGCGUCCGAGUUCGGUCUGCCGCGGCGCAUAGAGCUGACCACUGCCUUCCUCUCUAACUACAACAACCGCACCUACCUCAUCAGCGACGACCACUUCUGGCGCUACGACGAGCAGCGCGACGCCAUGGACCGCGGCUACCCCAAGCACAUGGCCGCCUGGAGACGUAUUCCUACCCCGGUAGAGGCCGCCAUGGUGUGGAAAGGAGACACAUAUUUCUUCUGCGGCCCACGUUUCUGGCGCUUCGACAACGAGCUUGUGGAAGCCCACGAGUACUACCCGCUGCCCACAGCACAGGUCUGGUUCCCCUGCGAGCCCACACCAGAGAUGAACAAGUACCUCACCAACGACGAAUCUUAAUAUACUCC